AUGCAUAUUGGCCACACUGCGGAUUAUCGAAUGCUCGCGGUGAUACCUUGUUCCAUAAACCAUUACAUGGUGAUAUGGACUUGGUUAUAUUUCGAGUUUUUUAUUUUGCCGUACUUUUACGUGCUUGAACCAUACUUCUACACGGUUAUAAUGACUUACUGGAAACAUUUUAACGUCGAUGCAAAUGAACUUAAAGAAUACUUCAAAACACAUAAGUCAGUUAAAGAAUUUCAAGCUCAUUCAUCAAAAGUACAUUCAGUUGGUUGGAGUUGUGACGGUAAACGUUUAGCGUCCUGUUCAUUCGAUAAAUCUGUGGCAACAUUUACAUUGGAUAAAGACCGUUUGGUGAGAAAUUAGAACAAUUUAACAUUUUUUUUUUUUUAUAAUUUAUUUUUCAUCUGUGAGUUUUAAUAAAAAUCAUGGAUACCUCUAAUUUAAUUGAGACAAAACCAAUCAGGGUCGAUCGUGUGGAAAUUGUAGGUCUAAAAAGAACCAAAGAUGAUAUUGUUAAAAAAGCAACAAAAUGUCUGUUUGACUCUAAGACCAUCGGUGAUAUAAUCAUUAAGACUGCAAUGGCUAAAACAAAUUUAAUGCAACUAGAGUGCUUUAAAGAAGUAUCUGCCAAACUAGAUGUUGAUAGUGUCAAUGGACAGGAUAAAUAUUAUGUUACCAUUAACGUAAAAGAAUCUAAUUGGAUUGAAGGACAUAUCAAAUUAUUAUCCGAUACUAAUUUUGAUAAUAAUCCAGAUCCUAAACUUUCAACUGGAGUAUCAUUUUUGAACUUGUUUUGCCGUGGUGAAAAACUAAAUGUAAUAUCAGAUGUAUAUUCAUCUAACAAAAAGUUUUCUACGGGUUGCAUAACUUUUACAAAACCAUUACUUGCUUAUUUUAAUCCAUAUUUAUACACAUCAGUGUUUAAGAACCAUUACAAUAGAAAUAAAUUUGGUUAUUCGUUUGAUGAAUAUGGAUUAAAUAGUGGAUUAAAUCUGUACUAUGAAUGUUUAAAAAUAAGUUUAGGAUGGGAAGGAGUGAUUAGAGAUUUGAAACAUGCACCAAAUGCACCAUUUGGUAUAAGGGAACAGCUUGGACUUACUAUGAAGUCAUCUAUUAAAAUGACAACUUCUUACGAUACUCGUGAUAGCGCUGUGUUUCCCAGUUAUGGGUCUUUUAUUAAUUGGGUUUUGGAAGUUGCUGGAAUUGGUGGCAGCAAUGAAUUUCUAAAAAAUGAAUUAUCCCUUCAAAAAACAUUUACAACAAUCUUGGGUUCAGCUGUUACUGAAUCAUUUUCCUUUGGAGUAUUGAAUGCAUUUGGAAAAUCCUGCAUUUUAGACCGAUUCUAUCUUGGUGGACCAUUGACCUUCAGAGGAUUUGAAGAAUGUGGCGUGGGUAAAAAAGAAGAUGGUAGCAUUACAGGUUCAUUGAUGUACUGGAGGUGCAACUUACAUGUACACGCUCCACUUCCAUUUUUAUCUGAAAAAAAUAGACUGUCUCAUUUAAUAAGGAUACAUUUGUUUAUGAAUUCUGGUAAUGUUGGAAAUCGACUAGGAAACUUGACCAAUGAUUUACAAGGAUUGAUCAGCAACGUUCGUUUAUCAUAUGGAGCUGGUUUUGCAUUAAACAUCAACAAUUUAAUGCGCUUAGAAAUUAAUUAUUGUUUACCAGUAUUUUAUUCGAAAAAUGAUUCUAUUGUGUUAAAUAAAAGUCAAUGGGGCUUUGGUUUGCUAUUUUUUUAAUAGACCGAUAGUAAAAUUAUUCAAUCUUUGUAUUGUAUAGUAUGUUUUUUUUUUUUUGAACAAAAAAAUAUUACUUAACUUUUGUGGUAUAAUUUUGUAGUAGUAAUAAAAGUUAUUUAUUGUUGAACAAAAAUGUUUUUUUGAGUAUUCAAAUUUGUUUUAUUUACCUAUCUAUUAAAUAUGUGUACCCAAUUUGUUUAAGUUAAACAUGGUUAUCAAAGCAAAAUGUUCCUGUGAAUUAAAAUUGUAUACAGAGUAAACAUAUUUUAUUUAUUCAUUUUAUUGAAAUGGUAAUAUUUUAUUUGGAUAUAAAAUGCGUGCUUUAACUAUAAAACUUAUAUUUUGUUUAACAUUUUUAAGUUACUCCUUUUAUCAUAAAUGGAAUUAAUAUUAGGUUUCUGCUAUUGAAUUUUAUACAAAUAAAUUUUUGAUAAAUAUUUCUUAAUAAAUUUAGAAUAUUAGUUGCCAAAGAAUAAGUUGGAAAAAAAAAUCAUCAAUAAUUAAUUUUGAAAAUUAGUUAAUUGGUUCAUACAUGUGUUUAAAGUUUGUUUUUUCAAUCCAGUGUAACUUUAAAAUGUUAUUCUAUAUUUUGAUAUUAAAUUAUUCUUCAUAUUUAUUAGUACAUUUUUCUGAUAACUUCGAGUAAAUCAUAAUUGUCUUAUAUUAUUUCUCAUUAUAAUAUAGAUUAACUAAUCAAAUAUUAUGACAAAUAGAUAUUUAAAAAUAAUAUAUCUGCAAUCUAUAUAUUUUUAAAUUUUUGUUAUUGUUACUAACAUGUGUGUAAUAAUAUUUUUAGUAUCAAAAUACUCAUUAAGUGCUAAUUGUGUUUAUAUAUUUUUAAAAUAAUUUAGAAAAAAAACAGUGAGGUUCUCUAGGUAUGUGAUUUAUGUAUAUUUUACUUAGAAAAUUAAGGGGUAUCAAAGCAAAGUUAUAUAUUAUACAUAAACCAAUACACAGCAGUGUUUUUUUUUUCAUAGUCUAGUGUUAAUUUGUUUAAAUAAAAAUUGUAUAAGUAUUAUUGGUAAUCUAGGUACAGUAGAAACUUGAUUAACUGUUAAUUCUCUGUUAUCCGUCAUUGUUAAAAAAUAAAUAAAUAUUAAUGAGAACAAGCAAUAAACAAGUUUAUCUUAUCUUUAUCUUAAAGAGAUGAUGGAUUAUUUUGUUUUGUAUGUGUGUUUGUAUUAUGUAUAAAAAUACUCACAUUUUAAAAUAUUUAUAUGUAUAUUGCAAAAUUUCUGUUAACCGCCAUAGUCCUAAUCCCGAUAGUGACGGUUAAUCAUGUUUUUGGUGUAAUACAUUUUACUAAUAAUUUUAUUAAUUUGAAUAUAGCUUGUAUAUAUAUCUAUAAAAUAUUUCAUUUGAAACCAAAUUACUUUUUAAAAUAUUGUAUUAAAGACUGUUAUUUAGCUAUUUCUUUAUUAAUAUAAAAAGCACGUAUUCAUUUUUUUUCUAACCAAAGAUGCUAAAUUUGAAAUAUAUUUUUUUAAUUGUAUGGAGCUUACUUGUUUACAAAUUGAAAUAUUCUAUAACAUUUUGCUUUGAUGCCUUUUAAAAUUAAAUUUAUUAUCAAACAUUGAUAAUUUGUAUUCUUUUUUAUAGAACAAGGAAUUUACUUAUAAAGGACACAGCGGUAGUGUAGAUCAGUUAUGCUGGCAUAAAUUUAACCCUGAUUUACUGAGCACAGCUAGUGGUGACAAAACAGUUAAAGUAUGGGAUGUAAGGCAUCAAAAAUGUUCAAAUACUAUUACGACCAAAGGUAUUUUAAAAACAUUUUGUGGUGUUUAAUUUUGUUAAUAAUUUUGUUUUUAUUUGUAGGGGAAAAUAUCAAUAUAACUUGGUCACCUGAUGGCCAUACGAUUGCUGUUGGAAACAAAGAGGACUUAAUCACUUUUAUAGACAUGCGUACUCUUAAACCAAUUAGUGAACAACAGUUCAAUUUUGAAGUGAAUGAAAUGUCAUGGAAUAAUGAAAGUGAUUUGUUUUUCUUGACAAAUGGUCUAGGAUGUAUUUAUGUAUUAAGGUAUUAAACUGAUCAUUAAUUUUUAACAUUUUAUUUCUAAAAUAUGUAAUUUUUUAAUCCCAUUCCAGUUUUCCAGACUUAGUUCAGCGACACGUGGUCAAAGCUCAUCCAGGUACAUGUAUUUGUAUAGAAUUUGCGCCAAGUGGUGCUUAUUUUGCUGUAGGUUCAGCAGAUGCUUCAGUUUCUUUAUGGGAUCUUGAAGAUUUGGCUUGUGUACAAACAUAUAACAGGUAGCGUAUGUUACAACUUACUAUUGGACUUAUUGUUUUUUAAAAUUUCACGAGUUCUUUUUUUUUUUAUUAGUGUUAAAUAAAAUAAAUAAAAAAUUAAUUUAAUUUAUUUUUAAUGUUUUAUUAAUUGAAUUUUUGCUUUUUAAAUUUUUAGAUUGGAUUGGCCAGUUCGAGCUUUAAGUUUUUCGUAUGAUGGUAAAAUGUUGGCUUCAGGUAGUGAAGAUUUGUAUGUAGAUAUUUCAGAUGUCACUACAGGAGAAAAAGUAAGACUUAAAUUAAGAUAUUUGAAGAAUAAAUUAAUAGUUGUAUUAUUAUAUUUUUUAAAUGAUUUUUUUUUAAAGAUAACUGAAGUACCAAUUGAAGCAGCAACAUUCACAGUGGCGUGGCAUCCAAAACAGUAUUUAUUAGCAUUUGCAUGUGAUGAUAAAGAUCAAUUUGACAGGAAAAGAGAUACUGGAAAUCUUAAAGUGUUUGGUUUCAGUUCAGAUUAAUAUAUUGAAACUAAUAAGGUUUAGAAUUAAUUCCUACAGUUAUUAUUUUUAUAAAAUAAAACAAAUUAUGAUAAAUCUAUAAAUAAUUAUAUUACUAUAAUACUUUAACUAAUAAAGACUGAUUUAUCAUUGUUUGUUUUUAGGUAUAAUAAUUUGUUUAUGAUUCAAACUUGUGUAUUUAUAAUUUCAAGUUUUUUACAUUAUGACUUCAGCAGCCAGAGAUUUAAGUUAAUGAUUUAUAAUAUAUAUAUAAAAAAAAAAAAUACCUCAAUAAUUUAUGCAAAAAGAUUGUUUACCAUUUUACUAAAUACAUAAUAAAUUAAAAAAAAAAAACAAAUUGAAUGAAAACCUAAAAGCGAACAAAGAAAAACAUUGUACAACAAAUUUAUUACCCUUCCCUAUGUCUUUGGCCUAAACUUUAAACUGUUAUAAC